UCACAUGACACCAAGAAGGUUCUGGGUUCGCAUCCCACCAGGGCCUUUCCUUGUGGAGUUUGCUGCCAUGUUCUCCCCGUGUUCGCUGUGGUUCUCUCCGGGUACUCCGGCUUCCUCCCACAGAACCAAAGACAUCCGGCUGACAGCAGAGGGAGGGAGAGAGAUAACAAUGAUGGAGGAGAAAGAAGACAAUGACAUACAGCAAAGUGAUUGAGGAGAUGGCUCCAGGCUCUGUGGAGAGUGCUGUGAAGAGUAGCAGGAUGGGGCAUAAUUCUUCACGUUUUCCUCAAGGAUUCCACGACUGCUUCAAUAUUGACACAAAGAAACACAGGAUCAUCAAAGGCCCUAAACAAGCCCAGUUUGGAUACACGGUUCAGCAACAUGUGGCUGCUGGAGGAGAAAAGUGGUUGUUGGUGGGUGCCCCGUAUGAAAUGAAUGGCCCUUACCAGACAGGAGAUGUUUAUAAAUGUUCACUGAGCAAAAGAACCAAUAGCAACGGUUGCGCCAAGCUCAACUUAGGAAGGAUAUCUCUGACCAAUGUAUCAGAGCGCAAGGACAAGAUGAGGCUUGGGAUGACGCUCACAUCGAACCCCAAAGACAACAGCUUCGUGGCCUGUGGACCGCUGUGGUCCUACGAGUGUGGCAGCUCCUACUACAGCACCGGUAUUUGCUCCAGAGUCAACUCGAGCUUCAAGUUCUCCAGAACGAUCGCGCCUGCGUUUCAGAGAUGUGAGACCUAUAUGGACAUAGUAAUUGUUCUGGAUGGUUCAAACUCCAUCUACCCCUGGAAUGAAGUGCAGUCUUUUCUUGUCAACAUCCUUCAGAAGUUUUACAUCGGACCAGGCCAAAUACAGGUUGGGGUCGUUCAGUACGGUGAGAAGGUGGUGCAUGAAUUCAAACUGAGUGACUACAAGUCCGUUGAGGAAGUGGUGAAAAGAGCGCGCAGUAUCAACCAGCGGGGUGGUGAGGAGACCAACACAGCACUUGGCAUCAAUGAAGCACGCUCGCAAGCUUUCAAGCAAGGAGGUCGCCGCGGUGCCAAGAAGGUCAUGAUAGUGAUAACUGACGGAGAGUCACAUGACAGUCCGGAUCUCCAGCAAGCCAUCGAGGAGAGUGAGAAGGAUGGCAUCACCCGUUAUGCCAUCGCUGUCCUCGGCUACUACAACCGUAGGGGAAUCAACCCUGAGGCCUUCCUCAGUGAAAUCAAGUACAUCGCCAGCGACCCAGAUGACAAACACUUCUUCAACGUGACGGACGAAUCGGCGCUGAAGGAUAUCGUGGACGCUCUUGGAGAACGCAUCUUCAGUUUGGAAGGAACCAGUAAGAAUGGGACAGCGUUUGGCCUCCAGAUGUCUCAGGCUGGAUUUUCCGCACACAACGUGGAGGAUGGGAUUCUGGUGGGAGCUGUCGGGGCUUAUGAUUGGAACGGAGCAGUGCUGAAAGAAACGCGGCAGGGGAAGGUGGUGCCCCCUAAGUCAUCCUACACAGAAGAGUUCCCUGAGGAGCUCAAAAACCAUGGUGCCUACUUGGGUUAUACUGUGACGUCUGUGGUGUCCGCCAAGAAUGGUCGCCUGCUCGUAGCAGGAGCUCCACGUUUCAACCACACCGGCAAAGUCAUCAUCUUCACUCUGAAGAACACGGGCAACCUCACCAUCCUGCACUCCCUAAAAGGCCAGCAGAUUGGUUCCUAUUACGGCAGUGAGAUUGCACCUCUGGAUAUCGACGGCGACGGCAUCACUGACAACCUUUUAGUGGCAGCGCCGAUGUUCUUCAGCGGAGGCAUGGAGAAGGGGAAGGUCUACAUCUAUAGAGUGACCGAGCUGAAUCGUUUCAUCCUUGAAGGGGCGUUGGAAAUCCAUAAAGAUGGACAGAACGCUCGCUUCGGUUCAUCGCUCGCUCCUGUCCCCGAUCUAAAUGGCGAUGGCUUCAACGACUUGGUGGUGGGCGCGCCGCUGGAAGACGAGCACAAGGGCGCCAUUUAUGUUUUCUUCUGCCAGCAAAACAGAAUACUUCGCAAAUACAAACAGAGGAUAGCCGCAGCAGAUCUGGCUCCGGGCCUGCAGUACUUUGGGCGCAGUAUUCAUGGCACAAUGGACAUGAACAAUGACGGCUUAGUGGACCUGGCAGUUGGUUCACUUGGUGCAGCUGUUCUCCUAUGGUCGCAGAGUGUUGUCCGCAUAUAUGCCACCGUCAGGUUUGAGCCCAGCAAGGUCAACAUCUUCGUGAAGGACUGUCAGAGAGGUGGCAAAGACGUGACCUGCAUGUCUGCCAUUGUCUGUUUCAACAUCACUGCCAGGACAGCCAUUCUGCCCUCACAGGAAAUUGGGAUCAAAUACAACGUGUCCAUCGCGGAGAGACGUUUCAAUCCUCGUGCCGUACUGGACAACCCGAACAAGCUGCAGCCUCAAAACCUGACGCUGCUCCCCGGAGAAGAGACCUGCGAACACAUCUACUUCCAUGUCAUGGAGACCACAGACUACGCCAGGCCCAUUGUGUUCGCUGUACAAGCGGGACUGCAAGAUCCAGACCAAGGAGCGGUCCUCGAUGACAGCUGGCCUACUGUUGUGAGGACUGAGCUGCCCUUCUGGAACGGUUGUGAUGAGGAUGACCGCUGCAUACCGGAACUUGCGCUGCAGAGUAUGACUGACCUGAUGACUCGAAGUCACUUCUGUGCGCAGCCUGUACAGUCUCGUGGGGCUUUCUGCCGCCAAGUCAGUGACCGAGGGACGGAGGGAUCUCUGCGGGUGCUGGAGGCGAAUAGGAGGAGGAUGGUGGUGGAUGUCCGACUGGAGAACAAAGGAGAGAACGCCUACAACGCUCAACUCAACAUCACUUACUCACACAAUCUGCGCUUCUCUAGCCUGAUAGUCAAGGACAAGUCUGACAUCAAGAUCGAGUGUUACAUGCAGGACAAGCUGAGGAAUGAUAGGAUCUGUAACGUCAGUGCUCCGUUCAUGAGGGCCAAAUCUCAGGUUUCCUUUCGCCUGGAGUUUGAGUUCAGUCGUACGAUCUUCCUGGGGCACGUCAGGGUGAUCCUGGAGGCCAGCAGUGAAGGCGAGGAAAUGAGCACAGCGGAUAAUUUCAAUGAUAUCUAUUACUCCCUGAAAUACGAAGCAGAUCUUCUCUUUACAAGGGAUUCAAAUCCGACGCGAUAUGACAUCAAAUCGGAGCUGUCACUGGAGGAGCCAGGAGUUAUUGGUCCUCCUGUCAAUUUCACUUUCCAGAUCCAGAACCUUGGCUACUUCCCGGUUAAGGAUCUACAGCUGAACAUUGAGAUCCCAGAAAUGACGAAGAACGGGAACCAGCUCCUGCAGAUAUCUGAAUUUCAUAUUGACCAGAGAGAUGGUUCACACUGUUUACCACCUCAGCAUGUGGCACAGAGCAGGGCGUCACCUGAGGACCUUUCACGCUUCUCCCGCUUGAACCGAUCCAACACCCUAACUCUGCCCAUCCAGUGCUCUGUCAACGUGGCCUCCCACAGAGAAGUUUCAGUUAGAAUCGCAGGGGCACUUCGAAUAGACACCUUACAUGCACUGAAGUUUAAAAUCCUGGAACUGGUAUCCAGUGCAUCUGUGGAGCUUCCCUCCUCCAGCCCCAUGUUUCUACACGAAGAGAGGCCUGUCAGACAUAUAAUCUUGGAGAUCAGAAAAGAAGGAGAUUACAGGAUCCCUACCUGGAUUAUCAUUGGUAGCACGCUGGGAGGGCUGCUACUGUUGGCUCUGCUCAGUCUCGCUCUAUGGAAGCUCGGCUUCUUCCGGAGGCAGAAGCGGAGAGACGAGGACGAGCGGGGGGCCAACGGUAAAGUGGCGGAGGAGCGGUAACGCAGGCUGAGGGCCCCCAGCAGACACCUUUACCACAGGGGACCCAACACUCAGGGACCAACCCACCUUCCCCCUCCGGCUCCCCAACACCGACGGUGGCACUGCAACGACAGCUCCGCAUGAUCGCUGAAGCAAGGCUUUAUCAGUGCACUGGAUCUGUCCCACUCCACUCCAAAGUCCCCUGACCCCCCCAAGAGUCAGCACUGUCACACUCACUUAGCAUUCCUGCACUGUAACGACAUCCGGGCCGCCUCCGCCUGCGUAACCCGCUGCCCUCGGUGUCGUCCAUUCAGAGACAUCGGAGCUCUUGUUUUCUUGGCUUUGGGCUGGAGCUCUGCUGUUUGUUUUUUUCCGGCCGUUUGAAAAAAAAGAGUCGAGAGAACUUUGAUUUGUUCCAAGAAUUUCCGGCCACACGUUGCCCAAUCACUCUUUUGUCUCCUCUUUAUUUGUAUUUAUUUAACUCUUAUGGUAAAUUUUGAAAGACAUAAAAAACCUCAAGGGUGACUUGCCGCCCGAAAAAGCUACCGCAAAUGUAAAGUUACUAUACUGUAUAUUGAAUUGGAUGUUUAAAAGAUUUUUAUCUGCAACAUGUUCAGUUGACUUGCAUUAUAAUUUAUAUAGAAACCAAACUGAACUAUAAGUCACCCGAGUACAAGGAGGAUUUUGCGAUGUUUGACGUUGAUCAUACUUUCUUGAUCUUUUUGCUGCAGACACGGAUCUUACAAAUACGUAACUUUCAUUCCUUUUUCUUUUUAAUAUUUUCAUCCUGGAAAAAAAACGAGCAGGAUGGUCUUUAAAACAUUUGAUGCACUUUUUACAUUGUACAAAAUUAACUUGAAUUUUGUAAAUAGUCAAGUAGCUUUUUUUAUACCCUCGCAGUAGUUGUCAGUAUUUUAUUGAUGAUUAUCGGAUGCCAUGAACAUGAUUCGUGUGAAUGCACAGUAUUAACAUUAAGUCAGCAGCACCCCAGUGUUACAAAUGAAUGUCAGUUUUUUUUUUCUGCUUUCGAUGAGGUGUGAAGAGAUGUAAUACGCCAACAAAUAAAACAUUUAAACAUA